UCUCUUCAUAUAUAGACAUUAUUUCUUAUAGAUAACGCAGAUGCACAGAGAAAGAAAAAGAUAGAGAAAAAGAGAAAGAGAGAGAGAGAGAGAGAGAGAGAUAGCUAUAGAGAGAAUUUUUUUAUUAAAUUUAAAUCAAACACUUUACGUCGAGUUAUAAAAAAUUUCCACGUAGAAAAGUCAAAGAACGUUGGAGUAACACCGUUCAUCGGUGGUUGGAAUCGAAGGAAGGAAUGGAAGGGGUUGCUGAGACGUGAGAGAAACGCAACAACGAAUAGGGGGGUGGCAACCCUCUCGCCAACGGGAAGGACGGAGGCGCUAGGUAUAAAAUCAGACGGGAGAUACCUCGAGACAACCAGUGUUGGCGCGUUUCCACGUUCUGCACCAUCUUUUCUUCUUCGGAUAUUUUCAAAGAAGACACUAGUCAGGAAACAAGAAAUAGAGGGAUACCUUUUUCUUCUUCCAUUAUCAAAAUGUUUGAUCGUCGACCAUUUUUCGGUUUGAUCCUACUGAUACUCGCAGUCUCCUUCGAUCAUGUUCUAAAUGAAACAAUCAGCUGCAGACGUUCAUCGGGAUUGGUCCCUUACCCAAGAACCGGAAGAAGCUCCGAAAUGACGGAUUUCCAUAGAUCAUCUCGUACAUCUGGUCUCAUCCAUUAUCCGCGUGUUGGACGAUCGGAUUUACCUGUGUUCUAUAUCGGUGCUAAUCGCAAAAACGAUUUAGGAUCUAACAUCGAUUUAGAAUUUUUUCCAGGUCGCGAAUCUGAUAUAGAUAUGACCUAUGAGCCCGAUUACGAAGAACUUCGUUCAGGAUUAGCUACGAUCGCUAGACACGUGGAGAGAAAUUAUCCAAAGCAAAAACAAGACGAUUCGCGACCCUACAAUCACGUUUUACGUGGUUCUCACAAUCGUCAAGGACAAUUAAUGAUGAGUUUACCAAGAAUCGGAAGGGAUAUUAGCGAUCACGACGGACCAAUGAAUAAUCUUCUUUGAAUCUAUCCUACGAGAGAUCGAAAUUAAUGAAUUUGACGAUUAAAAUAAAAGAGGUGAUAAGUAAAGGAUACAAAAGAAUAAGAAAAACAAUAACCAAAAAAUUAAUUUAACGAAAUAAUGAAAGUAAGAUGAAAGUAAAAUUUUAAAAAAUAAAGAAAAAAAUGUGACAUAUAAAAAUCUACAUGUAUUCUUUAUGACCGAACUUACCUCGUCAUCCUUUUUCAUUCUUUUUUCACUCCAUUUGUUUUCUUCUUCUUUUUCUUUUUUUUUCUUUUUUUUUUUUUUUUCUUUUUUUUCUUUUACUCCUAUUGGUGGUCGGAAUUUCUAAUUUACAUCUAUUCUUUUCACGAUGUAUUUUAUCCGAGUAAAAUACAUAAACACACACACACACACACACACACACACAUACUCACAGAUUCACAGAUACACAAAUAUACGUUAUACUAUAGCAAACUUCUCUCGUGAAACAAUGGUACAACAAUCGUAUGUGAAAAAAAGCUUGCACACUUUUUUAUUGAAAAGUGGUGUACACAUUGUAUUAUAUUUCUGUUUCUUGUUCUUUGUCACUAUAAUUGAAUAAACUAACAUGCAUACAUGUAUAU